AUGGCCGACCCUUUCUCGGUCGCUGGGACAGCUGUGGGCAUCACAUCACUCGGGAUACAGACUUGCCAAAUCCUCUACAACUAUUACUCGAAGUACAAAGGCUACCACGAUGACAUUGACAGCGUAUUACAGGAAGUCGAAGGCCUACAGAGCAUCCUCGAAAGCCUGCGACAGGUGAAGGAUCGCUUCGAAAUCGACAACAAUGUGCCGUCGUCGCAGCUGCAUAUAGCGCUAAAAGCUUGUGAGGACGCUUUGGCGAGGCUGAAGGCGAUGGCAGACAGGUGCAACACCACGAAACAGACAGAAAGCAUCCAAUCCCGCUUGCGAGAUGUCAAGAAGAGACUCAUCUGGCCAUACCGGAAGGAGACACUCGCCGAUAUGCAAGCGACCUUGAGUAGGUUCCAAGACAAUCUCAGCCUGGCGCUACAGUGUGCUGGCUUCGAUGGCAUCGCACGGAGACUGGAUGACCAACUUCCAAGACUGAAUGCCAUUUCGCACCAGGCGACAAGCAUGGAGCAGAGCCUGAUCAGCCAAGCGAGCGUCCUGAAAGUGAUACAUCGAGGCGUGAACGAUGUUUCUCAAGCGCAGCGCCAACACGACUUUGCAUUAUCCCGCGAAAUGGUGGACUUGCGAGAUCACAUAUCUGCCUGCACAAAAAUUGUUGGAAGCAAGCUGGAACUUGUCGCACGCAGCGUCUCAUCUCUUCACGAUCCAGCUCUCGUAGCCCCUUUGAUCCUUGCCGAUGCUAUCGAAACUCUUGGGAACGUUCAACACCACGUCCAGUCGUCCUUGGAAAGCUAUAACUCCCACAGUCUCGAGUUAGAAAGGGCUGGUGCAAACGACAGUCUGCUUCCACUGUGUCGAUGCCGUACAAAGAAAAAGCAAUCGUUUCAACGCCGCCGCUGGAUGUCUAUACUCUCGGUGGGAUCAUAUCAGCAUGAUACAGAAUGUACCCAAUUUGCAGCUUCGGACCACAUGCGAUCGGUUGCGGCCCAAUUCAUGGUAUACAACAAGGUUCUACAAGCUUGCAUCCAGGUGGGAUGGGAAAGCUCAAGAACGAAAGGCUGGAAUACCAUAGCUCCCAUGCUGAGAUAUACUGCUGUUGUUUCGCAGGACACGGGUGCCUUCAAGAUCUUUAAUGAUGCGGAAAGGUCCCUCCUUGCAUUACGUUUCAGGGAGCCAAAGGACGGAGAGAGAAUGACACAAAUCCUAUCAGAAACAGCCAUGGCGCUUCAAGCUACCCUGGGUAAAGACUUCAGUCCUUUGGACAUCGACGAACAUGGCAACAGCAUUCUACAUGUGAAUUCCUUCGCGAAAUUCAGCAAGACACUCCUAAUCAAAGCAGGCUGUCUUAACUCUUAUUUACGUAUCAAUUAUUCGUUCUUGUCCCCAGACUGA